GCGACAAAUUAGCCAAUGCUUUAUUUGGGUGAAAGGUCGCAGUGGCUCUUUCUACGCUCGUGAGCAGCUUGAAGAGUGCAACAGCAAGAUAUCUGUUUAAAACUUUGAUUUUGGCUGAAGCGGAUUGUUGAACCAACACCAUGGCUCUUCUCAGAGGUGUUUUUAUCGUAGCAGCCAAGCGCACUCCGUUCGGCACCUACGGUGGUGCACUGAAGGAUCACAGUGCAACAGAUUUGGCCGAGCAUGCAGCCAAAGCUGCCCUUGCUGCUGGGGGCGUGGCUCCAGAGCUCGUGAACAGUGUCAUCGUGGGUAACGUCAUGCAGAGCUCAGCUGAUGCUGCGUACAUCGCCCGUCACGUGGGCCUGAGGUGUGGCGUCCCCAUCCCGGUUCCUGCUCUCACUGUGAACAGACUGUGUGGGUCUGGUUUCCAGUCCAUCAUCAGUGGUACUCAUGAGAUUUGUCUUCGGGAGUCCGAAGUGGUUCUGUGUGGAGGUUCAGAGAGCAUGAGCCAGGCUCCAUAUGCUGUUCGCAACAUCCGCUUUGGAACCAAGUUUGGAGUCGAUCUCAAGCUAGAAGACACUUUGUGGGCAGGUUUGACUGAUCUUCAAAUCAAGACCCCAAUGGGUGUCACAGCAGAAAACCUGGCAGAGAAAUACCAGAUAACACGAGAGGACUGUGACAACUACGCAUACCAGACACAGCAAAGGUGGAAGUCAGCUCACGAUGGCGGUCGCUUCACAGCUGAAAUUGCUCCCAUUGAAGUAAAAGGGAAGAAAGGUAAAGUUCCCAUGGCUCAGGAUGAGCAUCCUCGGCCUCAGACCACCAUGGAACAGAUGGCCAAACUACCUACGGUGUUCAAGAAGGGAGGGACCGUCACUGCUGCCAACGCUUCGGGUGUCUCUGAUGGUGCCGCUGCAGUUGUGAUUGCAAGUGAAGACGCACUAAAGGAACACAAGCUCACCCCACUGGCCAGGAUUGUGUCCUAUCACGUGUCGGGUUGCGACCCAAGCAUUAUGGGAAUUGGUCCGGUCCCAGCGAUUACAGAAGCCCUUAAGAAAGCGGGCUUGUCACUAAACGACAUGGCUCUUGUUGAGGUGAACGAAGCUUUUGCUCCUCAGUAUCUGGCUGUUGCUAAAGCUCUUGGGCUGGACCCAGAGAGAAGCAAUGUGGACGGUGGAGCCAUCGCUCUUGGUCAUCCUCUUGGUGCUUCUGGAACACGCAUCACUGCUCACCUGGUGCACGAGCUCAGGAGGCGAGGAGGCAAGUAUGCUAUCGGGUCUGCCUGCAUCGGUGGAGGUCAAGGCAUCGCCAUCGUCCUCGAAAGAUGCUGAACAACAAAGCUUUCUGGUUGCAGAAGGAUUCCUGCUGAAGGAUUUCCUACACGUGCCAUCCAUUGAUGUGAAAUAAAAUAUAGUUGAUACAACUUCAAAGGAGACAUUUUCCCAACAUAAAACAGUGAUAAUGGAACACCUCUGCCCAGAUUCUUCAUUGCAACACUACUAAUCUAACUUUUACUGUGUAUUUGGUAUUAGCUGAUUUCUGCAGCACACAUCUGCAUCUAUUGAGGUACAAAGGUUUAGGAUUAUGUGUGUAUGUGCCUAAAAUGCCACUCUGUGUCCAGGGUUGUGUCAGCAUUCUGCCUUUAAAUGUUGUGGAUCACUCCUUUUUUAGGGUCUAGUGUUGCCAGAAUCGAGGCGGUUGCAUUAACCGAUUUUGUACUUCUGUGACGAAACAAAAAUGAGAAAAUUUAAAUAAAACUGUCCAAAAUGA